UUGCUUAUUCAAAAUACACAAUGGAUGCUGAGAACAAAUCGAAUACGGAUAACAAUUAUGGAGAAAUUCAGCUGGUCUUCAAGCUGGUCGACAAAAAAUACUUUUUCAAUCCCUUGUUCCACAGAAGUGAACAUUCCAUUGCUAAGAUACGGAAUCUGCCAUGGACGCUCUCACUUGUAAAAAAGGAUCAAAUUAAAGUUACAAUUUCUUGUAAUGAAGACUCGUCAAGUAAUGUCUGGAAAUGUGAAGCAGACAUUGCUCUCGAAAUCAACUACCACGAUGUUAGAUCGGACACUCCAACAAAAAUGGAAACAAUUUUCGAGGGGAGAAAAUUUGAUUUCAAUAAAAGAAUAAUGGAGGAAACGGUGGAGCAAUGGAUCGAUGUAUUCAAUGGAAAAAUAGAACUCAAAGGAGCUAUCACAGUGACAGCCAAAGUCAAGGUGACAAAACUCUAUGGAUAUCGAAAAAGAAAGAUGCUUGAUUUUUCUACAAAUCAUCCGGAUUACUUCGAUGGAGUUCUCCUUGUUGAGAACAAAAAGAUUUACGUCCAAAAAAGAUACCUGGCAACGAAGUCGACUUAUUUUUGGAACAUUUUCUUCGGUGAUUUCAAGGAGAAGGAGCAAGAAGCCGUCGAAAUCCCUGGAGUUAAAUACGAUGACGUCAUUCAAUUUCUGAACUUCAUUCACCACACCGACAGUCAAAUUAAUAUUGAAACGAUUGAGAACAUGAUGGUACUUGCUGAUUUAUUCCUAAUUGAUUGUCUUAUGUGCUGUUGUGAGAAAAUUCUCAUCAAAGCGGACUCGGUCAAUUUGGCGAAAAAAUUGAUUUGGGCUGAACGAUUUGCUUUGAAUGAAUUGAUGGAUCAUUGUCUCGACGGUUUCAAGAAGAUGCAAGAUUUUGUGGAGUUCAGAAAGAAUGAGUUCUAUGCUGGAGUCUCCGAUGAUAUCAAAUCAACACUCUUGGAUCGUGUCAUGAAAAUCAAAGGAUAUCGUUACUUGUAGUUUUAUGUCUAUUCGAAUAAAGUUUUUAUUAGUUGU